GCUCGAAAGGAUCCAAGUACUUUUUAAAUGAACAAGCCAAAGAUGCUCGGCUGAUCGCACAGAUCGAACAACUGCGUAUCAAACUCGACCGACAAUUAGCCAUGAGAAGAGAUAAUUUAGACUUUGAGCAACAGGAGGCACAACAGAUCGCCGAAUCACUGGAACGCACGCGUAUCUUGGAUCAAAUCAUCGUCUGUGUGGAUGCAGACGCAUUCUUUUGCUCCGUUGAAGAAAUGUACAAUCCUACUCUGAAAGGCAAAGCUUUUGCCGUCGGUUCAGGCGUCUUAACAACUGCCAGUUACGAGGCCCGAAAAUGGGGUUGUGUAUGUCUCUUGCUCACAGAUUUGGGUUCAACUAGGUCCCUAUAUCUUACCAACUUCUUCUACUUUCAACUCAAUCAGCGAAGCGCAAUGGCCGGAUACAUCGCCACCAAAUUAUGUCCACGCCUGAUCUUUGUCGAACCGGAUUUCAAAAAAUACAAUGCUGCUUCUGAUUCUAUCAUGAAGAUCUUGCGACAGUACGACCCAAAUCUUGCGCCCAACUCGUUAGACGAAUGCUUCAUGAACCUAACAGCCUACUGCCGGGAUCAUGAUCUCUCAGCUGCCGAGGCUACUUCACGUAUGCGACAACACGUCUUGAAAGACACCGGUCUGACAGUCAGUGCCGGGAUUGGGCCAAAUGUGACGAUUGCAAAGAUUGCAGCAGAUUUGAAUAAGCCGAACGGUCAAUUUGAAUGCCCCCCAACUAGGGAUGAUGCGAUGAAGUUUAUGAAGGAUUUGCCAGUGCGUAAAGUGCCCGGGAUAGGUAGAGUAACUGAGCGCUGGCUAGAAGUCUUGGGGGUCAAAAAGUGUGGUGAUAUUUGGGAGCAAAGGUCUAAGCUGCUCCUCAUGAAAUCUGAAGUCAGCUUCGACUUGCUAUCAAGGGCUUACUUGGGAUUAGGUCAAACCGAUAUCAAGCCAAGUCAGAGGGAGGACCGCCAAAGUGUGGGAUGUGAAACUUCGUUUAAGAGUUUAUCCAAGAAAGAAGAUUUCUUCCAAAAACUGAAAGAAUUAUCGGAGGAGCUGGCUGGAGAUCUGUCUCGACUGCAAUUUGCAGGUCGCACCUUGACUCUUAAAAUCAAGCUUGAUACCUUUGAAGUCCUCAGUCGUUCUGUCACGCCUGCAAUACUAGGUCAAAGGUUCCUUUCCUCAGCGGAAGACUUGUACAAGCAUGCCAAACUACUCCUCGAACGCGAGAUCGAAAGUCGACAUUCAUCCUUUGACCAAGGAAAGAAAGUUCCCGGUUGUAAUGGCGCGCGUGACAUCAGUAUCAGGCUGUUGGGAAUCAAGGUUUCGCAUUUGCAGGACCAAAAGAACCGUAUUCCUGCCAACGAAAAUUCUCUCCAAAAAUGGAUUUCCAACCCAACUACGAGUAACAAGGACAUCCAAAUUGUCAAACCACCAGAUGAUAACAGUCACGAAAGCAAGUGGCAAUGCCCAAUCUGUAACAUCCCGAUGACCAAAAAUGACUUGCAAACGUUAAAUGAACAUGUCGAUUUGUGUUUGUGGAAUAGUUCCGAGGAAGGAAGACGAGAGCUUGACGAAGAGAGGAAGAGGACGACAAGUGAAAGAACUCAAGAAAGCAACCUUCCGGGAUUUACGACUAAGAGGAAAGCAAAUGAUCAGAGUAGAUCGUUGUCAACUGGCUCAUCAUUGUCAUCCUCAAAAAGGCUUAAGGAAGAUAAUCCUUCUGGUAAAAAGCAUGAGAAAUCAAUGUCCAUUUUAGAUUGGUGCCAGAAGCCUAGUAAAUGAAACAAAACAAAAAUUAUUAGAUUGUCUCUUGUUUCCAAUUGUACCAGCUCAAUAACAUCACCUGUAUAUACUCUUAUUCUUCCUGAUUCUCUGCUUCAAUCUUCUUAGGGUUUGUCAACUUCCGAUUUUGUACCAUGUUGAUUAUGUUGAUUGUCAAUUAUGAUCCCUUCAAUGUGUAACAAGUUUUGUAUUUCUUCAUCUUGUAAUAAAACAGUGAAACCUUCCAAUGUAAGAAUCCUUCCACACAAGUUGA